AUGGCGAUGAUGAGUGGUCGUGUGCUGCUGGUGUGUGCCCUCUGCGUGCUGUGGUGCGGUGCCGGCGGUAGAUGUGACGAGGAGGGGACGGCAGGUCAUGGUGUUCAACCCGGUGUUUCUGCGAGUGGUGGUUCUGGAGCCCCCGACAAUGCCAGCGGUCAAACGGCGUCUGGUGUAGCGGUAAAACCUUCCGCAGAGCAAACGCAGCUGAGGAAAGCUGAGGAUUCCGCACCCGGAUCCCCGCAAUCGCAAGCUGAUUUACAGAAUCAAUCGUCUACAAUACAGCGGACACCAUCCAGCUCCGAAAAUGCGGUUCCAUCGACACAUUCGAAACCAUCGGGAGAACAGAUGCAAGAUUUACCAGAAGAAGUUCCACCAGGGAAACCGGAGAUUUUAUCCAGUCAAGAGGAGGGGAAGAAUGAAACAAUUGCAAAUCAACAGAGUAUUGAUCCGCCAUCUCAUUCAGGUAACAACGAUGUUGUCGGCCGUAAUAGUGGGGAACGCACUGACGAUACUCCGAGCAGUACUGAAAUUAUUGAUGCCGCACCGUCAGAAGAGGUGCAGGAGCGUGAAAAAGUCACUCCUUCCUUGGAACAACCUCAGGAAACUUCCACAGCCGCACCGGCCAUUACCACUCAAACAACCUCCAUGACGCCGCCUAAAGACGGUGAAAACAGCAGCGUCAAAAUGAGUGAUGCAUCACCCCAUUCAACAGUCACCGUCACUCAAACAAAUCAUACGGCGACGAUUACACAAAACAGUGACAGCAGCACCGCGGUCUUCCACUGCACCUCCCCUCUUUUGCUUCUUCUUGUUGUUGCGUGUGCGGCUGCGGCUGCGGUGGUGGCCGCGUGA